AUGGAUCGCAUUUCGCUCCCCUCGCCAUUGUCACACUCGCUCGCGUCGCCUCGGGCACGCCUCGGGCCGUGGCUCCUUCCUCCCGACCGACGGACCGUCGCAGCGACAUUCAAUGGAGUCAACGGGGCCGACAGAGACAACAGCGUUAACAGAGUCAGCGGAGUCAACGGAGUCAACAGGGUCAGCCAAGUCAGCAGAAACAGCGACAGGGACUCGCUCAUCCCGUCUCGUUUUUUCACGUCGCUAUCCUCCCGCGCCUCCCUCUGCGCUAAAUCCCACGUUUUUCUCCGCCAAUCCGCUUGCGCCUCCCCACGACCCUCCCCCUGCCUUUCCGCCUCGCCCUCCGCUAGUAUCUGGGCCAGCACGUCUUGCGCGCACCCCGGAGAGGAGACGCUGAGGCGCCCCGGCGCUCCAAGAGGAGGCGCGGGGCGCAUUGGCGCGCCACUGGCGGGGCUGCAGCUGCGUGCUGCGCUCCCCCUGGUUGCGCGGGCGGAAGGCGGGGGCGAGGCCGGUGUUAUCGCACCCGCUCCAUCGCACUCACAAAGGGUGCUGCUGCUUCUGCCCCCUCCUGGUCACUCUCCUGCUUACGCGUUCCCUCCUUCCUCCCCUGCAGCUGGCCCGGCACCAACCAGAGACACAGGCACACUGUUGAUUCGCCUCUAUAAUCGAUACGACUAUGAUCUAGCCCGGCACCAUCCAGAGCUACAGACGGUGGUGGGCGUGGACCCCUCAGCACAUCAUAUGUUGCACUGCCUCCUCCCUUCACUCCCAUGCCUCCGCAUUUCUCCCACCCUCUUCACAUCUCCCCUGCAGCUAUGCCAACACCAUCCAGAGCUAGAGACGGUGGAGGGCGUGCACGUGGGCCCCUCAGCACACGCCAUCGCUGCUGAUUUUGCCUCCCUUCACUCUUUUGCCUCUGCUCUCUCCUGUGCUCUCUCCCAUUUCGUUUCUCCCCUGCAGCUAUGCCAGCGCCAUCCAGAGCUACAGACGGUGGUGGGCGUGGACGUGGACCCUGCAGCACAUGCCAUCGCUGCCGCGCGCCUGCAUCCCUUCCUGCGCAUCGCUGCCCCGCCAGGCGCAAAGGCAGCCAGGCCGCAAGAUCUCCAUGCCCACGGCCAAGCAGCAGCGCCAGUUGCGGAGUGCGGGCAGCCUGAGGCGCAUGGGCAAGCAACGCUGCGAGCAGUAGAGACACCGGAAGCGACAUUGCGAGUGGCGGAGGAAAGGAGGGCCACAGCGACACUGCACGUGGUGGAGGGGAAUUUCCGGCGGAUGGUGGAGGCAUGUGCGGGCGUGGGGGUGGGGCGUGGCAGCGUGGACGGCAUUCUGCUGGACGUGGGGGUGUCUUCCAUGCAGGUGCGGGCUGGUUCGGUGGAGGUGGCAUCUGAUGCAGGUGGGGGUGUUCUGUGGCAUGUGCGGGCGUGGCAUGUGGGGGUGUUGUCCACGCAGUUGUCCCUCUGCGCUGCCCUCUCUCUCCCCUCACAGAUCGACAGGGCCGAAAGGGGAUUUAGCUUCUUAAGGGAUGGGCCGCUAGACAUGCGCAUGGACCCUAAGAGCCCCCUCACCGCUGAGGUUGCAGUUAACAAUUGGCCGGAGGAGGUCUUGGGGCAGAUCUUGAGAGACCUGGGGGAGGAGCGGCGGUGGCAGCAGAUUGCCCGGCGGAUCGUGGAGGCGCGGGGGAGAGGGCGCAUCAGCACCACCACCCAGCUCGCUGCGAUUGUGGCUGGAGGGGCAUAUGGGCCUAAGAAAAGCACAGCCUCAUCAUCCCGCCGUCGUGAUGGAGCAGGCACGCGCAUCCACUCACCCGCACCUUCCACACUCUGCCAAUUCCUCGUCCCUCCGCUGCUGUGGUCCAGGCACGCGCAUCCACCCGGCCACCUGCACCUUGCAGGUGCUCUCCAUUGUCUCAUCUCACCUCCUAUUGCGCCCAUUUCCCCUCUGCACAUCCCCUGCCCUGUACGCCCCAUCUCAGCCUCUUCCUCCCGCCGUGGUGGUCCAGGCAUGCGCAUCCACCCGGCCACCCGCACAUUCCAGGCUCUCCGCAUCGCAGUAAAUGACGAGCUUGCCGCCCUGGCGCUCGCCAUUCCCGCUGCCCUCUCCCUGCUGGCGCCGGGCGGCCGACUGGCUGUCAUCUCCUUCCACUCGCUCGAGGAUCGCAUCGUGAAGCGAAGCUUCCUGGAAGCUGCCGCCGGCGUGCCUGUGCCCAUGCCUGUGCCAGUGCCCUUGCCAGUGGCCAUGCCUGUGCCAGUGUCUGCACCAGGAGUAGGGAGCAGCAGUGGCUUGGAAGGGCAUGGGCAUGCGAGGUACCGGGUGGUGACGAAGCGGCCGGUGGUGGCGGAGGAGGAUGAGUGGAGGGUGAAUGCACGCAGCAGGAGUGCCAAGCUGAGGGUCGUCGAGCGAGUCGCUUGA